AUGCUCAAUGUCAUGGACAGGAAUGAGGUUUCACCGGUGUCUGCUGCCACCAUGAAAAAGAAAGCAGCGGGCGGCAGUGGAUGUAGCCACAUCAAUCCACCCAAGUCUGUCGCGUCCAAAUGCACAAGAAGUAACAGCACCACGAACUGUCUGGACUCCGUGUCUGCCGGCGCACCGAGCAGCAAGCAGGCCGGUGUGGCCAGCAACAUCGUGAUGGACGAGACGGAGGACGCGGAAGAGGAGUCCAAGUUUCAGCACCCGCGGUUGAGACGAGCCGGGGGAAGCGGCAGUGGAGGCGGAGGUGGAGGAGGCGGCGGCAGUAUCAGGAUGAAGAACUUUACGCCAGGAGGGGGAGCCGCGUCCACGGCUUCCAGGAGGAACUCCAACAAGGAGCCCUGCCUUUCGCACAUAGAGGACGCUUCUGCCGCCCCACGGCCCACUGCUGCCUCCAGGGUUACCGAGACCCAGACACCCUGUCCGGGCGAUGCUGCCCAGCGCGGCGAGACCAGUAGAGCAUCUGGGGCGGAGGCUUCUGUAUCGGCGGUAACGGUAGAGGUUUUAAACGCGACAGCGGGUGAUGGUUGCAACAGCGUCGCUCCCAUUUCCAGCAUGAAAUGUAACAAAAACGGAGAAUGCAGGAGGGACUCGGGCACCGGGAGCCUGCGCUCAAUCAUCUCCAAGCAGGAGAAGCAAACAGGAGGGUCGGGAAGGGCCGAAGACGGUGGGAGCGCCAAGCGAGGAGCCUGUAACUCGACCACCGCCAGCAUGGAUGGCUCGAUCACACCAGGCGGGUCCCUGACAGGGGGACAGGGGGGAGAGAGCGCAAACCCCGGCGUUACCCCUGUGUCCACUGGUGCCCCCGAGAAAAAGGACUCCAAGGUGUCCUUUUCCAACGCACCAAGCCGGAAAGCCUCCUCCUCAGUUCAUGGCCCAACUCAGACUCAAACCCAGCAACCCAGGAACUCUGUCACUUUCCAGAAGCCGGAGGAUGGACCCCAGAUUGUGGCCGAGGAUGCAGAACCUCAGGGCAGCCAAGCCAGCUUCAUGCAGCGGCAGUUUAGUAGUAUGCUGCAGCCUGGAGUUAACAAAUUCUCCUUACGCAUGUAUGGUAGUCAAAAGGCAGUGGAAAGGGAGCAGGAGAGGGUUAAAUCAGCUGGAAAUUGGAUUAUCCACCCUUACAGCGAUUUCAGGUUCUACUGGGAUUUCACAAUGCUGCUGUUUAUGGUGGGCAACCUGAUCAUCAUCCCUGUGGGCAUCACCUUCUUCAAGGAUGAGACCACCACGCCCUGGAUCAUCUUCAAUGUGGUCUCCGACACCUUCUUCCUCAUGGACUUGGUCCUCAACUUUCGCACUGGAAUCAUCAUCGAGGACAACUCUGACAUCAUUUUGGACCCUAAAACCAUCAAGAAAAAAUACCUAAAGACCUGGUUCAUUGUGGACUUUGUCUCCUCCAUCCCCGUGGAUUAUAUCUUCCUCAUUGUGGAGAAAGGGAUCGACUCAGAAGUGUAUAAGACGGCCCGGGCCCUGAGGAUAGUCCGCUUUACCAAGAUCCUAAGCCUUCUGAGGCUGUUGAGGCUCUCCAGAUUAAUACGUUACAUUCACCAAUGGGAAGAGAUCUUCCAUAUGACCUAUGACCUGGCCAGUGCGGUGAUGCGAAUCUUUAACCUGAUUGGUAUGAUGCUGUUGCUGUGUCACUGGGACGGCUGCCUGCAGUUCCUGGUUCCCAUGCUGCAGGACUUUCCCUCGGACUGCUGGGUGUCCCUCAACAAGAUGGUGAAUGACACUUGGUCGGAGCUGUACUCCUUUGCGGUAUUCAAGGCAAUGAGCCACAUGCUGUGCAUUGGUUAUGGCCGGCAGGCCCCGGAGAGCCUAUCAGAUAUCUGGCUGACCAUGCUGAGUAUGAUUGUUGGAGCUACUUGCUAUGCUGUUUUCAUUGGCCAUGCCACGGCUCUCAUCCAGUCCCUGGACUCCUCCAGACGGCAGUAUCAGGAAAAGUACAAACAAGUGGAGCAGUACAUGUCCUUCCAUAAGCUGCCUGCCGACUUCCGACAGAAAAUCCAUGACUAUUAUGAGCACAGAUACCAGGGCAAGAUGUUUGAUGAGGAGAGCAUCCUAGAAGAGCUCAACGAGCCUCUCAGAGAGGAAAUUGUCAACUUCAAUUGUCGCAAGCUGGUGGCAUCCAUGCCACUGUUUGCCAACGCUGAGCCAAACUUUGUGACAGCCAUGUUGACCAAGCUGCGCUUUGAGGUAUUCCAGCCACACGAUUACAUAAUUAGGGAGGGCACCAUUGGGAAGAAAAUGUACUUCAUUCAGCAUGGAGUCUGCAGCGUCAUCACUAAAGGCACUCUAGCAAUGAAACUCUCUGAUGGCUCGUAUUUUGGAGAAAUCUGUUUGUUGACGCGGGGUCGGCGUACAGCCAGCGUACGAGCAGAGACUUACUGCAGGCUAUACUCCCUGUCUGUGGACAACUUCAAUGAGGUGCUGGAGGAAUAUCCCAUGAUGAGGAGAGCCUUUGAGACUGUGGCCAUCGACCGUCUAGACCGCAUAGGUAAAAAGAACUCCAUCCUCAUGCAUAAGGUUCAGCAUGACCUCAACUCUGGCGUCUUCAACAACCGUGAGAAUGAGAUGAUCCAGGAGAUUGUCAAGUAUGACCGGGAGAUGGUGAAGCUGGUGGACCUGCAGCGGCCACGGGCCAUGUCUAUGACGCCCUCUAUUGGCGGCAUCUUUGCCCCUCCAGGCCAGCCGCAGACGGGCUCAGCUAUAGCCACCCUUCAGCAGGCUGUGGCCAUGAGCUUCUGCCCCCAGAUGGCAAGCCCCUUGGUAGGUCCCGGGACUCUGCAGUCUCCUCGUAUGGUGCGAAGGUUCCAGGUGAUGCAGAACCUGUCCAGCCCAGUUUCUAUGUCUCCUCUUCAGUCUCAACCCCCUCAGGCACCUGGAGGGGCCUUUGGCUCUGCAAUCUCCAGUCCACCUGUCCAAAGCCCGCUUGCAGCCUCGGGACGGACUUUCCAGUAUAUGGGCGGUGCAGGGCCCUCUGGGUCCCAGCUGUCCCUAGUACAGCACCAUGCUCCCAGCCCCACACAGACCCAACAGAGGCCUGCCUCACAUAAGAGCACCCACUCCCUCCAUACAGGCAGUUUGGGCCAGAAUGCCCGUGCCCUGUCUGCCUCCCAACCUUCACUCCCCCAGGAGGGAACACCACAAGCUGCCUCGGCAGCGCCCAGCCCUCCACCCUCCACCCGCACCUCCAACACCUCCAUUGGCCCCCCUCAGCCCCCUCACCCCAGUCUGCCAGGGCCCUCAGGGGUGGGGAGAUCAGCGGGAGCUCAACAGAGGGUGGCCUUUGCCUCCACUCCUCCUCCUGGCGGGCCUGCUGGAAUGGGGGCAGCGGCGGCGGCUGCUGGAUCAGGACCUCCAGACUCUGGAGUGCCCAAGAAAGAUUCAAUUGUCAGCCUUCCAGAGCUAGACUCUGCCAGAUCCCGGCUGUCUUCCAACUUGUGACCCUGGUAGAGUUCAGGAGAGAGGCCUUUUUUGUAGGAGAAUCUAAAAUGUUUGUUUUAGGUCAGUCCGGCUGAUCUGCCAGCCCGCUUAUUGACCAAUCAGCUAACACCCACGCCGCCAGUCAUUCUAUCUGGAUGCACUGCGUGCCGGUGUCAACAGAAGGAAAAGAGCAAAUCAAAGUCUUAUGACACUAUGGCUAGGAGGAGUCUAUACAACUAAACUAGUAUAACUAAGGUUGAACUGGUCUAGUCUACUGUGCCAGCACCUUUAGUCUUAGUAUCACCCCUUACACUCUGCUUCCAAACACCUAUAUCGCUGUUGUUACUGUAAAGAUAUGGAGAAAAGUAUAAUUAAUGUAACUGUUGCAUACUGUGUAGAAUCCAUGCAAUGCAAUCUAGCAGGAGCUGGACUUAAAAAUGAAAAUCAGGGACUUGAGGUCAAAUGACAAUGACAUUUUAAGCGUUCAAAAAGUGUUUUGGGUGUAAUUUUUCCGUAUAAGCUGUCGUAGCAAAAGAACACAUUGCUCUUCAUAUUGUUUAAAAUAGCAGUGAAAUAGUGUUUUAGACCGCUGGUCGAUCUUACAUCAAUGUGUAAAUAGUUAAUGAAAAAAGUACGGAAGGAUAUUAUCUUCAUUGUAUCUAUCCAAACCAAAGUUGAGCUUGAACACAAAGUGUGGUUGUGUCUGUAUCAACUAAAAAAGGAAAACAUAGAAGAAAAUGCCAUUUAUUUAACUGCCUUGAUUCAACGUUAGAAGCCAUAUAUUUGGUUUGUGUGUAUGUAUAUAUGUGGGUGUAAGUUUGUGUGCGUGAGUUUGUUUUGGUUAUGUUAUAUUUUCAAAAAGAAUGGACUCGCACACUCUCUACACUGCUUUGUCAAGCAUGAUUGGUUUAAUGUGCUGGCAGUGGCACUGGCCCGUUUCACUAAACAUCUGGGAGGUGGUCUGUUGUUAUGUCAGCAUACUGAUUGUAACCCUGUAGGAAAAAGGUGGUUUAAUAGUCUGAGCUUUAUCAAAAGGAACCAUUUGUGAACAACCCAUACUGUAUACUCGCUUGUUUUUGUCCAGGUUUAUUGAUUAACACAUGCAAUAUAAUUCUGCAAUACUCUACCCCGCCUAUAUAUAAAUAUAUAUGAAUAUAAAUAUCUAUACAUAUGCUGUACAGGAAAGUGAAUUUCUUUUUUCUUUUCAUUUUUUAAAAAAAAUGUGAAACCUUGAAGAAUCCAGCAGCUACUGUGGCUUCACUUGAGUUAUUGUAAUCCAGUGACCAUGUUGUUACCUUAACCAAAAAUGUUAGAGGGAGUGACAAGAUGUAUCAUUUUCGUAAUCAGAUGAGACAAGCCGCUUGCUUCAAACUGGUUUAGAGUCACAUGGGUGCAGCGAGUCACCUCCUCAAAAUGUCACUUUAAAGCCCAUUUGAAAAUAUAAAUUGUAAGCUAGCCCGAUUAGGGAGGGUUGGGGUGGGAUUUGGCAAU